UCAUCCCUGUCCAUCGUCCUCUCCGCCACAGCCCUGUGUGAUGGCCACUGGCUUCAGACUUCCAGAGGACGCACGUUUGGCCUGUGGCGCUUCUGUUCCACAGAACCUGUGGAAACCUUUGUAGGACAUGAACCCUCAGCCAACCUGCACUGCAUCACCGAGCUGGGUCAGUCUGGUGUGGAGGGGGUGCAGGUGGGGAUGGCCUGUUGUCGUGCUCUGGUUUCCCUGGCUGUGGUGGCUGCCAUCUUUGGCCUGGAGUUCCAGGUGAUUUCCCAGGUGAGCCAGGGCCAGGAUUCAGCCUGUCGAUGGAUCCUGGGCUCAGCCCUGAUGCUGGUGGCAGCAUCCAUGUCUGUGUCAGGUGUGGCCGUGUUCGUGGCUCUGCUUCAAGGGUUUGUGUCACCAGUGGGCCUCACACUCACCUUCUGGUGCCAGAUCACCGCUAUAUUCUUCUUUCUCCUGAAUGGAAUGGCAGCACGCUACAUCCAUGUCAUGAACACACAAGCUCCAUUGGGUGGCACCCUGCAGAAAUGCUGAGUGAGAGUCCAGUGACUGUAUGGGGGUGAGGUGAAUCAGUUCCUGAGCAUUGUGGUGUAAUGGUCAGUCUACGGACAGCUAAAUCCCUCGCAAACUGCUUUGGACAUGAGAGCAUGAAGUUAAAAAUUAAGGAUGAGCAAUUAUCUGUAUCUGUACAACCAACUAAAUUAUCUAUAUCUGUACUCAGAAUGGACAGGGCUUAAACCAGACCUUAUAUUAAUAUGGGUUAAUCAGAAGUUGCUAUAUUAAUUUGAAAACAACCUACAGCCCACACUGUACCUACACCGUAGCCACAGUGUUGUUUCCAUACAGAAGUAUGAAUCAGGCUUAGUAAACACCUGGUGGCGAUUACAUAAUGAUCUUCACUGUGUGAUAACUAGUGUUGCCACAGUUACUUUGAAAAAGUAAUCUGAUUACUGAUUACUGCUUUAAAAAGUAACUUAGUUACUUUACAGAUUACUUGAUUUUAAAAGUAACUAAGUUAGAUUACAAAUUACUUUAUUAGUUACAUUCAGCAGCUGCCGACAACACCCCCGCCGCCUCAAUAUAAAAAUGACAACUGGUUUUGCCAACACUCACUUUAUUGGAAGUGCAUUUUUAACAGUAACGUCAACAAUACAUCUCCUGACAUUUUAAGUCUACAACAUACUGCCCGACCAACUUCUUCAACUCUGCCCCACUUACUGGUUUUACACCGAAGUCCAGCUUUUGUUGUUUGGUGGUGGGGGACCUCCUGCUCUCUGCUUCGUACCACCUGGUGGGACCUGCUCUGUAAGUUUGACUUUGCAGUGCUGCGACUCCAAAUGUUUCUUCAAAUUUGACGUAGUGUUUUUGUAGCUAGAUAGCACUUUGUCGCCACCAGCACAGAGUGUACAACGAACCUUUAUAUUGCCAUCUUUAGCUGACACAAACUCAAAAUAGUGACUGUAUUUCCAGCUAGCAAGCGCACAUCUCUCUCCUCCCUCCAUUGUUGUUUAUGUUUGUGUCUGCGUAGCCUACACGUGAACUGUCCUCAUGCUGAAAACGUGACUUGUCGCAUAGGCUAUGUGACUUCACUCCCAGAGACGCAAGAAGAAAGCAAAUAUAUGUUUAUUAAGGAAAAUGACAAACAUAGUAAUGCACUGUGACUUGGAUAAGUAACUUUAAUCUGAUUACCGGUUUGGAAAUAGUAACGGGUUAGAUUACUUGUUACUGAAAAAAGUGGUCAGAUUGGAGUAAAUUGCUAAGUGACGCGUUACCAGCAUCACUGGUGGUGACAGCCAGUAAAUUUGAACUGUAAUCAGCCAAUCACAAAAGAAGAGGGACAGACCACACUGAUCAAAAAUGUAUCUCUUUUGUCUGGGUAGCCUUUUAGUAGUAUUAUUGUUAAGGUUAAACUCCAGGGAAAUUGGAAGGUGAGCCUUUUAUUUACAGUUUUAUUUUAUAAAAGCUUUUGUAAAAUAAAAGUUGUUAUAUUUACAAGUACGGAUAUUGACACAUUUCACUUUGAUGAUACUCAUAGUUAUUAAAAAGUACAUUAUCUGUAGUAGGUACUUUCAACAACAUUUUAAACAUUUUGUAAAACUUGAGAAGGAUGUUUCUAGAAAAUCUUAAACAUUUGCAAAUUUCUGAUGUUUAUAGGCACUCAUUGCUUAUCUAAUGAUUCUUCUCCUUUCGUCUGACUCAGAAUUAAUUUGAACUGUAAGACUUCAUUUGAACUAUGUGCGACAGGAAGUGUAAAAGGACCAUAGAUUGUAAGUGUUAGUGUUGAACUGACUGUGUUCUGUGGUUUUUAGCAGCACAUAAACACAUUUCUAUAGCUGACUAUUGUUUUUUGUUGUGUUGUAAAGUAUAUUCAAAUAAACUCUUCAUUUUCCAUUGUU